GCACCAACGAGCUGCAACGUCACCUCGACCUCUCAAGUAGUGUAAUUCGCUCUUAUCGCAUAUCCUAUACGGCAAUACAGAGUACCCUGGUUGUGGCUAUCAAUCCCGGUCUUACAUCAUUUUGGAACACCAUGAAAACGCGGCGUCAAAACAAUAACGCGAAAGAGGACGCAGCACGCCUACAAGAUCAAGCAACAACAUCAGAUUCCCUAGAAACCCGGAAUGAUACCGAACCCACAGAUGUACUAUCCUCAGUACCCAAAGAUACAGAGGUAGAUGCUCAGAAAUCGCCCACCAAAGCAAUACAGCCAGCAAAGAGAAAAGGCAUACGAAAGUCGAAAUGGGACCGAGACACCGUCCUUGUAGAUCCAAAGUCUCCACUUGCGACCAUCAAUUUACGAAAGCUUAUUGCAAAUCCUCAAGCCUGGGACGCGCUAGAUCCGGAGCAGCAGCGGGAGAUCGCCGCGCUGUUCCCAGACCAAGGCCAUAUUAUAGGCGACCCAAAUUCGCCACGCCUAGACUAUCAGUCUCUUAUGAACGAUGAUGGCUUCCAUGAUAGCUGCCAGUCAUACGUGAAUGAUUUAGCUGAUGGGCGACACGAUACGGCGUGGUUAGCGUCUGCUUGGGAGGCAAACGAACGCCGCCGGGCUGGUGACUUUGACGAGUAUUUAAGCAAGAAAUUUGAAACAGACUGGGACACGACAUUGCCAGUCACAAAAGCAUCGCCCAUUAUACUCAAACUCGACAAUAACACUGAUAGCAUACCGCCUCUCACAGACAACCCAGUGGAAACAUGACUGGCGGCCGUAUGAGUGGUGCAUACCCGGGAGCAAGUCUUCAACGACACAACAUAGUCUUUUUUAGCGUGUACUAUUAAACAAAAGUUUCAAAGCCGA